AUGUCUGGCAACGAUUCCUUAGUGAAAAUAUGCGAUGACAAUGCGGCGCAUGCUCAAGUACAUGGUAUCAUCUUCGUUUCGUUACAGAUUAUAUUCGGAUUUUCUACAAAUGCCAUAUUUUUGUUGACAUAUUUCCACAUGAAAUCCACGUGCCGUCGUAGCACCAUUGUGUACUACGAGUUGCUGUUGUAUUUGUGUGUACUGGACAUGGCGACGUGCGCAGUAGUCAUGCCAGUAGAUGUUCUACAACAGCGGUACGCGUUUACCUUGCUCAGCAGCUUUGGUUGCAAAGUCCAGACCUACACCAAGUGUGUUCUGACCACAGCCAGCGUGGUGAUGACGCUCGUCAUUGCCUUACAUCGCUACCGCAAGAUAUCCCUGCCAUUAGGUCGACACUUGUCUUUUACAGCAGCUCGACUUGUCUUUGGCGCCAUUGUGUUUGGAUCUAUGGUACUGCAUGCUCCUCUUUUCGUAGUGGCUGGUGAGGAAAGCUUUGACAAAAACAACGCUUUGUCUCUGAAAAUAUGUGGCAUUGAUGAUGAGCUGAAGGAUGCGACGGAAGUGAAAGUUAUAUUUUAUAUGUGGAGUUGUAUAUUUUGUUUGCUGACGUUGGUAACUAUUGCACUAUAUGGCGCUAUAGGAAAAUACAUUCACGAAAAAGAAACUCGUGAUUUGAAUUCACCUAUGUUAAUGACUUCUACUGUAUUUUUCCCAUCGUCAACUUCAAAAGCACAUAAUGAAAUGACAGAAAAUGUUUUACUUGAUAAUAAAGUACAGCUUGGAAGGAGUUCAUCGACGGGAAAUGAUAGUUCUAGAGACAUCCCUAAAAUAAUAGUAACUGAUGUUGGCGAGAAUGAAAACGAGGCUCCACAGACAAAAAGUGAACAACUUCAAUCAAACCUAUUAGAUGACAAAACAUUCACUAAAAGUGAAACAAAGGAACAUCGUCAACAAUCGACAGCGUUAGCAAAAGCUCAUACAUUACGUCCGCGAUCACAGGAACUGAUGUCUACGUUAAAAAUAAGUACGCCUUUUAACAGACGAACAAGGUCUGUUGGGAGUAUUAACGACCUCAACGCUGUGACCAAGUCGGCCCUUCGUACUAAGCAACAGCAACAACGCAAACAGCGCCAUGACGACAUCCUGCGUGUGGGCAUGCUCAUCUCACUGACGUACUUCCUGUCUGUGAUACCGUUUUCUGUAGCGUUACCCAUGACGUUGUAUAAUGAAAGUUUUGGUGACGAGGCCAUUGACAUUUUCGUCCAUCUCGGGGUUCGUUCACUGUAUCUACGGUCGGCUCUAAAUCCCUUGUUAUAUGGGUUGUUUGAUAGCAGACUUCGUAAACUGUACGUCGGGGUUUUCAAACGUUUAAAAGAAAAGUUGCGUUGA